UCGCGACCACCGAUUGGAGUGGAGAUUCCCGACGAGAGCCUAUAAAACCGGGAAAGACAACAGCAGGAACCAGCAAAGGCAGAGAACGUGAGAAAUUCCAGGAACUGCACGGUGUCCAUCUGUCCGUCCCUGUGUGACUGAAACCAAAUCAGAUUAAGGAUGCUAGGCUGUGGAUGUGUGCUGCUCUCUGGUCUGCUGACACUGACCUUGUUCCACUGCAGUGUGGAAAGUCUUCACAUACCCCAAGAAAGACCAGAGUAUGUGGAAUCAUCUGUGGUGGAGGGCCGCAGUGUCCAGCAAGGCCAAACCGAGCAGAAGACCUCAGGAGCCGUGAACGCUAAACACCUCCUGCACGACCAGCUGGUCCGACUGGAGAACGAUGUCAUCGAGACCAAGAGGAAACGGAGCUUCCCCGGAUCCAACACGCCUCUUGACCGCCUGUCAAUCAGCACCAUGGAUCCCAAAAACAACAAGCAAAGGAAGGUGGUUGAGUUGCCGCGGCGACGAGUCAGCGUUCCGAUUGACCGGAUUGGCGUAGGUCGUCUUCCCAACAGCCGAGGAUAGACUCCGCUUUUGACCACGCCCCGACAAACAGAGGGGAAUUUCACAGGUAGAUGAAAUGCAUGAUAAGCACACCAGCCGACACAACUCACUAACCACUGAAAGAUCUCCGCGUUCUCAGAACACUUUUAAUCAUCGCUUCUCCAGAGCUGUUCUUUCUCAUUGAUUACUGACUUAAACUUUCAAUGUCUGAUCAAACUGUUUAUUUCCAGUUCGGAUCCAUCCGUUUAUGAUGUCAGAGGCAUUAGCCAAUCAGAGAGGAAUCUGCUCAUAGCUACAUUGCACAUCUCAAUAUUUACUCCAGUGCCUCACGACUUCUCGCUUGCUGUAAUGUACUGUACACAACUAUUGUCGUUUUCUCAAUUUGACUGAAGGCUUUUCAGCCUUGACAAUAAAACAGAUGAAAUUCUACAA